CUUGUUAACUCUUGUCUGUCUGCAGGUGUAUUCUGGGGGAACUCUUCACUAAAAAACCAAUCUUUCAGGCCAAUCAGGAGCUGGCACAACUUGAGCUAAUCAGUCGAUUAUGUGGCAGCCCUUGUCCUGCUGCUUGGCCUGAUGUCAUUAAGCUGCCAUAUUUUCACACGAUGAAACCGAAGAAGCAGUAUCGGAGACGGCUUCGUGAAGAGUUUUCCUUUAUUCCUGUCCCUGCUCUGGAUUUGCUCGAUCAUAUGUUGACCCUUGACCCCAGCAAACGUUGCACUGCUGAGCAGACCCUGCAGAGUGAUUUCUUGAAAAAUGUGGACCCCACGAAAAUGCCUCCUCCUGACCUUCCUCACUGGCAGGAUUGCCAUGAGCUCUGGAGUAAAAAGCGUCGGCGACAGAAACAAGCAGGAAUUGUUGAAGAUCCGCCUUUGCAGAAGACUGCGCGUAAGGAAACCGUGAUCAGCACUGAUGAAAGUAGGAACAGCACUCCACAGACUGUUCCAUUGGGACAGAGUAAACCACAGAGCAGCAUCACAGAUGUGGGCGGUGAGUCUGUCUGAGUGAAAAUGACCAUGGUCAGAUUACUCAGAAUAUAUGGGAGAUUUAGGUAUCUAUUUCUGGGAAUAUGUGAUUAUGUUUGAAAGGUUUUGUGUUCAAUCAGAUUGAUAGCAAAGUCCAGCUGUCGUACCAACUAUUCUGUUGUUGGAUCUCUCUCUAUGAUCGGUACAAAUGUUCUUACAGAACAGUUUGCAAAAUUUCUCUGAUACUGCUACACAUGCAAUACUAACUAAUGCUCCAUUGAUUGCAUUAUAGUUUCAGGACAGGUUGAAAUUGACAAUGACAAAGCUUUUGUAGUGCUUUUAGAACC